AUGAUCUUCUCUUGCCAAGUGGAAAUGCCUGGUGAAGCCACCGUGGACGCAUGGACCGUCGCUGGGCUGAAGGCCUGCGAGCUUGCUCCAGAUCUGCCACCAGACAGCUGCUCCCUCGCCACCACCUGUGACGGCUCCUCGCCGGUUGCUGUGCCAGAGGCAGCGGUGGCAGCAGGCAGCCAGUACCGCAGGGACCUGCUGCUCAGCUUCCGGUCCCUGCUGCCGGUGCAGCCUGCCGGCUGCACGCUACCAUGCCUGGUGCCGGCAGAGGUGGUUUGGGAGCCUUGGCGGCGAGUCCCGCGACGGCGCGGUCGAAGAGCGGAACCGAGGUUGCCAGAGGGAGAGGAGCCUGUGGCGGAUGAGGCACCACAGACUCCUGAAGUGACCGGCACGGAGGUGCCUCCUGAUCUUCCAGCACAGCCUGCACCGGCUGCUGAGGUCCACUUCCAUGCCGCUUCGGUGCGCUCCAAAGGCCGCCGGCCGCAGCCCGCCGCCCGGGCGGUUUGCACUUCCCAUGCCAGGGCAUGGCCCUGUGUCCGGAGAGCUCCACAACCAGAGCCGCUAGAGUGA